AUGGCGAAUGUAAUUCGUGCGUCUGUGGUUCAAUCCUGCACCGCCCGCUUCAAUCUAUCAGAGACAUUGGAUAAAUUCGAGAGCCUGACCAGACUCGCGAAAGAGCGUGAUGGGACGCAGCUCGUUGUAUUCCCCGAAGCCUUCAUCGGGGGCUACCCGAAAGGUUCGACCUUCUCAUGCUUUGUAGGAGAGCGUCUACCAGAGGGCAGGGACGAAUUCGUGAAGUAUUACAACGCGUCCAUUGAGAUUCCUUCGCCAGCGACAGAGCGCAUCGCAGAAGUGAGCAAGGCGACAGGGGUUUUCGUGGUCAUGGGGGUCAUUGAGCGUGAUGGUGGAACGCUCUACUGUACUGCCAUAUUCGUCGACCCCGUUGAGGGCCUAGUGGCAAAGCAUCGAAAAAUACUGCCAACAGCAUGCGAACGUUUCAUAUGGGGGCAAGGCGAUGGAAGCACCCUUCCUGUUCUAGGAAAGAAGUUCCAAUCCUGCGUCGAACCAUCGCACACUGUCAAUACAAAGAUAUCCGCUACCAUAUGUUGGGAGAAUUAUGUGCCUCUGCUUCGAACUUAUUAUUAUUCUCUCGGGACGCAAAUCUAUUGCGCACCGACGGUGGACUCGCGUGAGACCUGGCAAAGCUCCAUGCGACACAUCGCAUUCGAAGGGCGUUGUUUCGUGCUGUCUGCGUGUCAAUUCGCGACCGAGAAAGACUACCCUCCGGACCAUGCCGGUGUAGAUGCGAGUAAUCGCAACCCCGACAACGUCAUGAUCAACGGUGGCAGCGUGAUAAUCAGCCCUCUGGGCCAAGUACUCGCUGGCCCCACGAGGCAGGCUGAGGACAUCCUGACUGCAGAUCUUGACCUUGAUGAUGUCGUCCGAGGGAAGUUUGAUCUUGAUACUGUGGGGCACUAUUCUCGUCCAGAUAGUACGACCCCUUCAUUUCACUUACCUUGA